AUGGCCUCUCGCCCUACCGUCUCCAUUGCCACGGCUGAGGGCAAGCCCUCCGGGGCUUCCCAGCCCCUGCCCGCUGUCUUCGGCGCCCCCAUCCGUUCGGACAUUGUCCAGCAGGUGCACGCCGGUAUGGCCAAGAACAAGCGUCAGCCCUACGCCGUGAGCGAGAAGGCCGGCGAGCAGACCUCUGCUGAGUCCUGGGGUACUGGCCGUGCUGUCGCCCGUAUUCCCCGUGUCUCUGGUGGUGGUACUCACCGUGCCGGUCAGGCUGCCUUCGGUAACAUGUGCCGUUCCGGUCGUAUGUUCGCCCCUACCAAGGUCUGGCGCAAGUGGCACCAGAAGAUCAACCUGAACCAGAAGCGUUUCGCUACCGCCUCUGCUCUGGCUGCCUCUUCCGUCCCCGCCCUCCUGUUCGCCCGUGGCCACCGUGUCGCCAAGGUCCCCGAGGUUCCCCUCGUUAUCGAGUCCAAGACCUUCGGCUCCACUUUCACCAAGACCAAGGCCGCCAUUGCCCUCCUCCAGGCCGUCGGUGCCGGUGAGGACCUCGUCAAGGUCCAGAAGUCCAAGAAGCUCCGCGCUGGUAAGGGUAAGCUCCGUAACCGCCGCUUCCGCCAGCGCCGCGGUCCCCUGGUUGUCUACAACCCCGAGACCGAUGGCAAGGACCUUGUCAAGGCUUUCCGCAACGUUCCCGGUGUUGAGACCUCCUCCGUCUUCUCCCUGAACCUCCUUCAGCUCGCCCCCGGUGGUCACCUCGGUCGCUUCGUUGUCUGGACCUCCUCCGCCUUCGAGGCCCUCGACCAGGUCUACGGCACCACCACCACCCCCUCGGCUCUCAAGAAGGACUUCCUCCUGCCCUCCAACUCUGUCUCCAACGCCGACAUCACCCGCCUCAUCAACUCUUCUGAAAUCCAGUCCGUCCUCCGCGCCCCCAAGGGUGAGGCCAAGACCAAGCGUGUCAACGUCCAGAAGAAGAACCCCCUGCGCAACAAGCAGGUUAUGCUGCGUCUCAACCCCUACGCCGCUGCCUACUCCAAGCAGAAGCUCGGUCAGCAGAAGGUCGAGGCUGGCAAGCCUACUCGCGCCGCUGCUACUUUCGAGCAGGUCCUCAAGGAGGAGUAA